AUGGCCGGCGCGAUGCCGACAAAGCUGAGAUCCCUCGGUUCCGGAAUCCUGUUCACCUACCCCGAGAUCUCAACUAUUGCUGGCGUGCAGGGCCUGGUCGUCUACUCGCUGUCGUCGGGCUUGCCGCUGCUGGUGUUUGGCUGGCUCGGGCCCGUCAUUCGCCGCAAGUGCCCUGAGGGCUUCGUCUUGACCGAGUGGACCAGAGCCCGCUAUGGCACCGUUACGGCGCUGUAUCUGAGCUUGAUGACCCUCAUCACGCUUUUCCUGUACAUGGUUGCGGAGCUCUCGGCUCUCCAGCAGAUCAUCACCGCCCUGACGGGUCUGGACGGCCUGCCCGCCGUCAUCGUCGAAUGCGUCAUCACGACCAUCUACACCUCCCUUGGCGGCUUCCGCGUCUCCUUCAUCACGGACAACAUCCAAGGCGCCAUGGUGCUCGGGCUCAUCAUCAUCGGCGUCAUCACCGUGGGCGUGGAGACCAAAAUCGACCGCAGCAUGAUCGCAUCCUCGGGGCUGCUGGACUCGAGCCUCCUCGGCUGGCAGCUCAUCUACAUCCUGCCCGUCGCGGUCCUGACCAACGACUUCUUCCUCUCCGGCUUCUGGCUGCGCACCUUCGCGUCGCGCACGGACCGGGACCUCAAGAUCGGAACAUCGAUCGCCACGGUCGUGGUGACGGCCAUCCUCGUCCUAGUCGGCAGCACGGGGCUGCUGGCCGCGUGGGCGCCGGGCGUGCUCUCCGACCCCGCCGCCGAGGGCAGCAUCUCCUUCUUCCUGUUGCUCGAGCAGCUGCCCGCGUGGGUCGUGGGCAUCGUGCUCGUGAUGGUCGUCGCGCUGUCGACCUCCGCCUUCGACUCCGUGCAAUCCGCAAUGGUGAGCUCGGGCUCCAACGACCUGUUCCGCAACAAGCUCGGGCUGUGGUACAUCCGGGCCGCCGUCGUGCUCGUCAUGGUGCCCGUCGUCGUCGUCGCGCUCAAGAGCCCCAGCGUCCUGCAAAUCUACCUCAUCUCGGACCUGGUAUCGGCGAGCCUGGUCCCUGUCCUCGUCCUCGGGCUUUGGGAUAAACUACAUUUCUGGCAGGGCUUCGAAGUCGUGGUUGGCGGCCUCGGCGGCAUCCUCGCCGUCUUCGUCUUCGGCACUAUAUACUACGGCAGCGCGCUCGCGGGCGCCAAGCUCAUCCUACUGGAGAACGGCCUCUACGCCGAUGACUGGGGCGCGUUUGGCGCGUUUGUUGCUGCGCCCGUCGGGGGGCUGCUGUUCGGCCUUGCGGCGCUGGGCCUGAGGCUUAGCGUCCUGUAUGCCCGUGCGAGGUACACAGGCAGUCGUUUCACCGCGCUCGAUAAGCCGGCCCCGAGGGCUGCGGAUGCGGAUCCCGAUGCGGCGUCUGUGGCUGGGGAGCGCGGUGUCGGUGGCGCGUAUGCCGGUGGUGUUGAGCCGGUGAGCGUGGAGGCCGGCGGGAAGGACGUCCGCUUUGUGUAG